AUGAGAGUCAUAGUCGCCUCCUCCAUUGCUCUGUUAAGUCUCGCGCACGCGGCAUCGCUGAACGAUGUUCCAUCCGUAAAACUCCAUGUCAUCUUCAAGCGCAAGAGCAUGAAUCUCCACGGACACUCCGAGUUCGAUAUUUACGCCACGCCCGUUGUGGCGGACAACGGCGCCAGUGUGCUCUACAACAGCUACGCGACGUUCAAUGACGACGACUCCGAGUUCACGUACACUCUCGUAGACGGAUCUGCCUAUCUGACUACGACGGACGCCUCGGACGUUGAAACAGUUCAAUGUCUCCCGUCCAACACGCUGCCGUUCGACGAGAUUCUACCUGCUCUCAACAUGGCCACAUCCAUUCCCAGUGCCUCCAUCGGUGGCAAAUCUGUUGACUGUGAGAGUGGGAAGCUAUUCAAAACGACAUUUGCGGGAUCCCACUACGCUAUUUGUGCGUCGGGUGAGGCUGGUUUCACGGCGUACAGUAGCGAUUUGGACAUUACUGUCGAGUAUCUCGACGGCCCCGUUAGCGUCUCGAAGCCAGAGUUGACGGAUGAAUCUACGUCGUGUGAAGUUGUUCAAGAGGCCACGUCACUGACGCCUACAGCUCUCGCUUUGGCUACUGGCAGCAAGAUCCCGUCCAGUACUUCCAGAAAGCUAAGGGAAGAGUCUCACAUGGCAAUGGCAGCGACGGAGUGUGAUACGUGUCUGACCACGCCUCGUCCAUGCAUCUUCCUACAUGGUUUGGGUAACCCCAACGACGUGGCGGAGUUGCAAGACACUCCGAAACUUACUAAGAAGAAAUUCGGAGACAUACACGGCCACGCUCCUUGCUGUUCCGAGAUUAAGUAUGCCGUGAUGAAUACCAACGACGCUGGUUGGAGAAACGACACUCUUCAGCAAACGUUCUGUGAUCAUUCCCUCUCGAUGAGUAGUACCAGUGACGUCGCUGCUGGGGUUAUCGACAAUACAAUUAUCGUGACACACUCGAUGGGUGGACUCGUGAUGGCUCACGCUCUCGCUAAGGGCAAGUGCAGCUUCAGUAAAACAACGUCGUGGGUGGCGCUGAGUCCCCCGAUGACGGGCAGUAUGGCUUCGGAUUAUCUCAUGGACAUCUGUGACGACGAGAACAACAACAUUGCUGCGGGAUUAUUCGAGAUAGUGGGACAGUGUCCCAUGCCAAAGUCCCGCAAGUCUACUACCUACCAGGGCGGAAAGCACACUUCUCCGUCCAUUGAUGCUGCGUACGUGGCCGCUCAGGAAGCCUAUCGUAAAAACGUUGCAGCAGCAAUGUGCAGCGAUAGCUUCCUUGGACUUCUGUCAACCUACCAAGCUCCGUGCAUUCUCGCUGGCACUGCAGUCCCGCACAAGUCCAAGAAGAAUGAUGGCCUUGUAGAGUUUCAGAGCUGCUUGGGCGGCCUCGACGAGAACCUCUUUGGCAAUCACUACUUGGAUCGGUUCUACAGACCACAGCUGAACCAUGCAGAUACGGCAUUUCUGACGGGCGAGGGUAUCCUUAAAGACUCACAGAAGCCACACAAGUGGUUUGAAUGUCUAGCGCUAUAGAAGGUUUAGUAGAACGUGCAUGGUUUCCAU